AUGGCCAGCAUUGAAUCGAUUAACGACGGUGUCGCCAUCAAUGGUCCGGUCAAGGAUUCCUAUCGCAAGAUCCUUACCCCCGAGGCGACCGCAUUCCUCGCUCUCCUUCACAGAACCUUCAAUGGUACUCGCAAAGCUCUGCUCCAAAGACGUGUCAUUCGUCAACAGGAGCUCGACAAGGGCAAUUUGCCAGACUUUCUCCCUGAAACGAAGCACAUUCGAGACAAUGACGCCUGGAAAGGUGCUCCUCCUGCUCCCGGUCUUAUCGACCGCCGUGUCGAAAUUACCGGACCAACGGAUCGGAAGAUGGUGGUAAAUGCUUUGAACAGCAAUGUUUGGACAUACAUGGCUGAUUUUGAAGAUGCCACCGCUCCUACAUGGGACAACCAGGUCUCGGGCCAAGUGAACCUCUUCGACGCAAUCCGCAAACAGAUCGAUUUUAAGCAAGGCGAGAAGGAAUACAAGCUUCGCACCGACCGAAUCCUCCCCACAUUGAUUGCUCGUCCUCGAGGCUGGCAUUUGGAAGAGAAGCAUUUCACCGUUGAUGGCGAGCCCAUCUCCGGUUCUCUGUUCGAUUUCGGUCUCUAUUUCUUCCACAAUGCCUUUGAACUCGUCAAGCGAGGGACGGGCCCAUACUUCUAUCUGCCCAAGAUGGAGUCUCAUCUCGAGGCCCGAUUGUGGAACGACGUCUUCAACCUCGCCCAAGACUAUAUUGGCAUGCCACGAGGCACCAUCCGAGGAACCGUGCUCAUUGAGACCAUCACUGCUGCUUUCGAAAUGGAUGAGAUCAUUUACGAGCUCCGCGACCACUCCGCCGGUCUCAACUGUGGUCGUUGGGAUUAUAUCUUCUCCGUUAUCAAGAAAUUCCGCCAAAAUCCCAACUUUGUCCUUCCCGAUCGAUCCGCCGUCACCAUGACCGUUCCGUUCAUGGAUGCAUAUGUCCGACUUCUCAUCAAGACCUGCCAUCGCCGAGGCGUCCAUGCCAUGGGCGGUAUGGCCGCCCAAAUUCCCAUCAAAGAUAACCCAGAGGCCAAUGACAAGGCCAUGGAGAAUGUGCGACAGGACAAACUCCGUGAGGUUCGAGCGGGCCACGACGGCACUUGGGUUGCCCAUCCAGCUCUUGCGUCCAUCGCCUCUGACGUCUUCAACAAGUAUAUGCCUACUCCUAACCAAUUGUUCAAGCGACGUGAAGACGUCUAUGUCACCAAGAAUGAUCUCCUCAACAUGAACAUGCCGGGCUCCGUGACAGAAGACGGGAUUCGUAGGAACCUCAACAUCGGUCUUGGAUAUAUGGAAGGCUGGCUUCGAGGCAUCGGAUGUGUUCCCAUCAACUACCUCAUGGAGGACGCCGCCACGGCCGAGGUCUCACGAUCACAGUUGUGGCAAUGGGUCAGACAUGGUGUUAGGACCGCCGAAGGCCAGACUGUCGACAAAGCAUAUGCCCUGAAAUUGUUGAGGGAACAAGCGGAGGAACUGUCAUCCAAGGCUCCCAAGGGUAACAAGUAUCACCUGGCUGCCAGAUAUUUCGAAGGCCAAGUGACUGGGGAGGACUAUGCUGAUUUCCUAACGAGCUUGCUUUACAACGAAAUCACCACUGUUGGCUCCUCUCAACCCGUGGCCAAGUUGUAA